AUGCUUCCUUUGAUCUUUCUUUCGCUUGUUCUUUCGGUGGAUGCUAGGCCAAUCACCUCCACCUUAACCAGGACGAUUAGUACAGUGAUCACCGUGACCAAGUGUUCCAACAAUAUUUGUACAAGGCAACACAAAACCACUCUGCUGGAAGUCUUAGUUACCUAUGAUGCUACUCUGUCAAUCUAUGUGACUUACUGUCCAGAUACGGAAACACUGAGCACUUUGGAACCAACCUUCACAAGCAUCAUUCCUGACUGCACUACUUCCACCUCUACAACUUCUAUCAAUCGUGAAGAAAAGAGCACCUCUACUUCAAAUUCUUGCACUAAGUGCGUGACCACCAAUAUUUCUUCGUCAUGUGUUACUUCUCUGACUACGAGUCCAUUUUCAACUACUUCAAGCCCUAGUUCCACUAGCACUAGUACCACUUCUAGUUCAGGUACCACCAGUUCAAGUAUCAUUAGUGUUACUUUGAGUUCCAGCAGUUUUGGUACCACCAGUACCAGUUCGAGAACUAGCUUGACAACUCCAAGUUUCACUGCAACUAGUUUCACUAGUUCAAUUACUAGCUCGAUACCUAGUCCCACUUUGAGCUCAACCACUAGCUCGACUAUUAUCUCUUCUAGUUCUAUUGCGAGCACCAGUUCAACCACAAGAUCAAGUUCUAGUCCCACACAUAGUAGUACGACUAGCUGGACUUCAAGUUCCUCAACAUCCAGCCCUAGUUCAAGUACUUACAGUUCAAGUAGUUCCAAUUACGGUUCGACUACUGCAAUUUCUUCAAGCUCCACUGUUGAUUCAACAAAUUCUUCAGUCUCAUUCAAGUUCAAGUUCAGGUUCAAGUUCAAGUUCAAGUUCAAGUUCAAGUUCAAGUUCAAGUUCAAGUUCAAGUUCAAGUUCAAGUUCAAGUUCAAGUUCAAGUUCAAGUUCAAGUUCAAGUUCAAGUUCAAGUUCAAGUUCAAGUUCAAGUUCAAGUUCAAGUUCAAGUUCAAGUUCUACUUUUAUCCCCACUAUCAGCUCUUCCACUUCAGUUAG